ACCUGGGGAUGCCUUGGAGGAACCUGAGGAGAACGGCCCCUCGGGGAUCUACCUGGAACACCGGCCGUUCAAGUGCGACAUGUGCACCAAAUCCUUCCGCCACAGCUCCAGCCUUUUGACCCACCGACGCCUCCACACGGGGGAGAAGCCGUACAAAUGCACCGAAUGCGGGAAGAGCUUCAACACCAGCUCAGCUCUCAUUGUGCACCGCCGGACCCACACGGGGGAGAAGUCGUACGCCUGCUCGAACUGCGGGCGGUGCUUCAGCGAAGGCUCGGUUUUGAUCAAGCACUGGCGCAUCCACACCGGGGAGAAACCCUACAAGUGCUCCUUCUGCAACCGAGGCUUCCGGCAGAGCUCUCAGUUGCGGGCCCACGAGCGGACCCAUACAGGAGAGAAGCCCUACAAGUGCCGGGACUGUGGGAAGUGCUUCAGCACCAGCUCCAACCUCUCUGCCCACCAGCGGACCCAUACGGGCGAGAAGCCCUACAUCUGCACUGAGUGCGACCGCCGCUUCGGCCACAAGUCCCACCUCAGGUGCCACCUAAAGACCCACACGGAGAAGCUCCACACAUGUCCUGACUGCCCGGCCAGCUUCCGCAUGACCCAGCAGCUCCUGGUCCACCAGAAAUCUCACCAGGAGGACCGGCGUUAUAAAUGCGUCUUGUGUGGGAAGACCUUCAGCUACAGCUCGGCCCUCCUGGCCCACCAGCGGAUGCACACAGGGGACAGGCCUUUCAAGUGCCUUGAGUGCGGACGGAGCUUCGUCCGCAACUCGGACUUGAACAAGCACCAGAGGAUCCAUACAGGGGAGAAGCCCUACGAGUGCCCUGAGUGCGGAAAGAAGUUCAACCAGAACUCCCACCUGGCCAGCCACCAGAGAGUCCACUUUAAAGGGACCAACACUGAUCCAGACACAGAAGAGGGUACUCCAGUUAAACAAGAAAUAGAGUCAUCCUGAGGUUACAGUAUACAGAGCUGCUAUUAUACGAGGGGUAUUUUUUAAGUAAGGUCCAUUUGAAAAAAGUACACAACGAAAGUUUAUUUCAAAAAAGUAAAUUUAUUUUCAGAAAGUACAUACUUCACCCUAUUUUUCGACAUAGCUGCCAAGAUUGUUCAAACACUUAUUAUACCUCUGAACCAAUUUUAAAAUACCCUCUUCAUGAAUCCUCGCUUCAACUGAAGCCACCAUAUCGUCUGUAAUCAAAGAAGGGCGACCGGAGCGGUCCUCAUCAUGGACGUUGUCACGGCCAUCCUUGAAUUGUCAUACCCACUUAUGCACUUUGCUUUCACUCAUAACAGUAUCACCGUACACUUCACAAAUCUGUCGAUGAAUUUCUGCAGCAGGCAGGUUCUUUGCUGACAAAAACCGUAUCACUGAGCGAACCUCACAUGCGGAGGGUGAGUUGAUAGUCUUAAACAUUUUUAAAGCACAGAACAGAACCGUACAGGUUAGCUACAGAGCGGAAACUGAGCACACUUGUUCCCGAGGCAUGCCGGUACACGACGUACGCACUCGUUGCGGUAUGCGCGCAAACUACUAGUGUCUACAACAAAACGGACCUUACUUAAAAAAUAUCCCUCGUAUGUUAUGAAAGUUGCACACAAACCCAGUAUUCAGUACCAAUGAGCACCAGGGAUGGGGAACUGUGAGUCUGUUUUAAAAUAUGAGUAAACAUGCAGAGAAUUGCACAAAAGGACAUUUUAAAAAAGAAUGCAUGUUACGGCAAAAACAAACUCUGCUCUGUAGAAACUUCAGUUUUGUGCCCUCUAAUGCCUUAUUCCAGGGAUGGGUAAAGCAUGACUUUUGGGUUCAUGUGUCCCUCAAAUAUGCUUUGUUGUCCUCAGCACCUCCAGAAUCCCCAUAUUGCCUUUUUCUGUCCCAAAAGAAAAAGAAAAUGGAAAGACACUAGGCAUAAAAUUUUGCCUUAUAAAUAAUCUGCCUCCUUUUAAGCAAAACAAGAAAAAAACUACCUAUUGUUGAGAAGCGGAAAUGUUGCUUUUUUCCCAUGUCAGGAGCGACUUGAAAAACUGCAAUUUGCUUCUGGUGUGGGAGAAUUGGCCGUCUGCAAGGAUGUUGCCCAUGGGACACCUGGAUGUUUGAUGUUUUGCCAUCCUUGUGGGAGGCUUCUCUCAUAUCCCCGCAUGGGGAGCUGGAGCUGACAGAGGGAGCUUAACUCACUCUCCUUGGAUUCGAACCACUGACCUCUUGGUCAUCAGUCCUGCCAGCACAAGGGUUUAACCCUUUACACCAACGGGGACUCUACUAGAAAUGGGUUUCCAGCCACUUUGGGAUUUUUGCCUUGUUAAGUAAUCUGUGACGUUCCCAAAGAGUCCUGGAGCAUAAAAGUGGCCACUGAGCUGCAACAUCUGCCUUAUACAAACUUGCCUAUAAUUGUUUUGAAUAGUUUUCAUUUUCUUCAAGUCAAAGGCAAAAAGACAUUCAAAAUCUUGAGGCAAUGUCUUUGUGUCAAUGUGUUGUCAAAGGCCUCCAUGGCCAGAAUCACUGGGUUGCUGUGAGUUUUCUAAGCUGUAUGGCCAAAGACAAGAGUGAUCCUCUCACCUCUGCAGGAGUCUACGGGAUACCAUACAGAUGUGGACAAGUCUACAUAGGGACCACCAAAUGCAGCAUAGCCCAGACACGAAUCAAGGAACAUGAAAGGCACUGCAGACUGACUCAACCAGAGAAGUCAGCCAUAGCAGAGCACCUGAUGAACCAACCUGGACAUAGCAUAUUAUUUGGGAACACAAAAAUGCUGGACCACUCUCACAACCACCAUGUCAGACUACACAGAGAAGCCAUUGAAAUCCACAAGCAUGUGGACAAUUUCAACAAAAAGGAGGAAACCAUGAAAAUGAACAAAAUCUGCCUACCAAUAUUAAAAACUCUAGAAUCAGAACAAUAAAUAAAGAAAAACACUCUGAAAACAGGGAGAUUUUAGACAGGAAACAAUCAGGGCCAGCUAACACCUUCCAACAAAGGAUCCCCAAGCAGCAGGCAGCUGGGCUUUGAUGCUACAAAGCUAUUCAGUGCUAAUCAAGGCAGCCAAUUACAACAUUCACACCUGCCUCAAGUAGACAAGAAUUCUUUAUCCCAUUCCACAGAUAUACAAACCCCACUUGCCUAGUUUCCAACAGACCUCAAAACCUCUGAAGAUGUCUGCCAUAGAUGUGGGCAAAACAUCAGGAGAUAAUGCUUCUCGAACAUGGCCAUACAGCCCAGAAAACUCACAGCAACCCAAUCUUUGUGACAAUUAGAAAUUCUAACUGGAUUCUGAGAUCUUGCCAAUCAUUGCUUUCAUGUGUAAAGACUAUCUCUGCUUGCAGGAUGGGAAAAACUUGAUUUUUUAAAUAAAAUAAAUAAAA